CUUGCUGGCUGUGCCUUUUCUGUGGCAGUUUCAGGAGUCCUGAGCCUGAGCCUCAAACAAAAGCGGGAGGCUGGGAAGGGGCUCUCCGGAGUUCGCCGAGGCACAGAGCUGCGGGGAAGGCUCGGCGUCAAGCUGGGCUAAGCUUUUUGCUCCCAGCCUUGUGCAGCACAAAAUCCCCUUUUUGGAGAGCAUCUGGCUAGUAAGUGAGGCUGGUUGGCUGAGGGAAAGUUUCCUUGACUCUCCCCCUUUCCUUGUAGAUCAGGGCAUAUUUUUGCCACAGGAAGGAUUAAGCGGCAGCCUUCCAAACGCCGAUCAUCCCCAGUACGGCUCUGUUGGCCACAACAAAAGCGAAAGACGAGAACCUGGCUGGGACAGGGUGGUGGUGGUGGGGAACCAAGCCCGAUCUGGUUUCUCGCCUUGAUCCUGUUCAAGUGCGUCAAGGAGAAGGUUUUUUCUUUUCUUCUGGAGUCAGCAGCCUCCUUGCAAGAAUUCCAAGGGUGUCUCCCCACCCUCUUCCGGAAGGGUUUAUAGGCAUCAUCAAAGGAUAAUAUUAUUUCUCUUUAACAACAACAAAAAAUCAGAGAAGAAAGAAAAGGAAGGCAGCCAAACAAGGUAGUUGGUUCUUCUUCCAGAAGAAGCGCGCCGCCGGCCACAGAAAGAGCACGAGAAGGGGGAAAGGAAGGGGCAGCCGUCCGCGCCUAUCCGCGGCAAUGGACGAUCAGCCCAGGUUGAUGCAUUCCCACGCCGGGGUGGGGAUGGCUGGGCAUCCUGGCCUGUCCCAACACAUGCAGGAUGGAGCCGGGGGCACGGAAGGCGAGGGGGGACGAAAGCAAGACAUUGGGGACAUUUUACAGCAAAUCAUGACCAUCACCGACCAGAGUUUGGAUGAGGCGCAGGCCAGGACCUAUAAGAAAGCAAGGGCCAGAAAGAUCCAUGCACAUUCUAGAUGCAUGUCUAAAUGCAAAAUAGCAAGAAAACAUGCUUUAAACUGCCACAGAAUGAAGCCAGCACUUUUUAAUGUCUUGUGUGAAAUCAAAGAAAAAACAGUGUUGAGUAUUCGAGGGGCUCAGGAGGAGGAACCAACAGAUCCACAGCUAAUGCGAUUGGACAACAUGCUGUUGGCAGAAGGGGUAGCAGGACCUGAGAAAGGAGGAGGUUCAGCUGCAGCAGCAGCAGCAGCAGCAGCAUCUGGAGGUGCCGGCUCAGACAACUCUGUGGAGCAUUCAGACUACAGAGCAAAACUGUCUCAGAUUCGACAGAUCUACCACACCGAAUUGGAGAAAUAUGAGCAGGCAUGCAAUGAGUUUACUACUCAUGUGAUGAAUCUUCUGCGGGAGCAGAGCAGGACCCGGCCCAUCUCACCCAAGGAGAUAGAGCGGAUGGUCAGCAUCAUCCACCGCAAGUUCAGCUCCAUCCAGAUGCAACUAAAACAGAGCACGUGCGAAGCCGUCAUGAUCCUGCGCUCACGAUUUCUCGAUGCACGGAGGAAAAGAAGAAAUUUCAACAAGCAGGCUACAGAAAUCCUCAAUGAGUAUUUCUAUUCCCACCUCAGCAACCCUUAUCCCAGUGAGGAAGCCAAAGAGGAGCUAGCCAAGAAAUGUGGCAUCACAGUCUCACAGGUAUCAAACUGGUUUGGAAAUAAGCGAAUCCGGUACAAGAAGAACAUAGGUAAAUUUCAAGAGGAAGCCAAUAUUUAUGCUGCCAAAACGGCUGUCACUGCUACAAAUGUGUCAGCCCAUGGAAGCCAAGCUAACUCACCCUCAACUCCCAAUUCAGCUGGUUCUUCCAGUUCUUUUAACAUGUCAAACUCUGGAGAUUUGUUCAUGAGCGUGCAGUCACUCAAUGGGGAUUCUUACCAAGGGGCCCAGGUUGGAGCCAACGUGCAGUCACAGGUGGAUACCCUUCGCCAUGUUAUCAGCCAGACAGGAGGAUACAGUGAUGGGCUCGCAGCAAGUCAGAUGUAUAGUCCACAGGGCAUCAGUGCUAAUGGAGGUUGGCAAGAUGCUACGACUCCUUCGUCAGUGACCUCCCCCACAGAAGGCCCUGGCAGCGUUCACUCUGAUACCUCCAACUGAUCUCCCAGCAAUCCAGCAUCCCUGUCAGCCCCCCUGCACCAGGCAGAAGUGGGGGCUGACAGGGGAGGGGGUUUUCUCUCCUAAUGUUGAAGCCAUCAGGCUGGAUCCAGAGCCGAUCGGCAAACACAAGAGUCUCCUCCUCUUCUCUUUGUUGGGAUGCUUUUUUCAGCCAAUCUGGACACUUCUUUAUACUCUCUUCCCUUUCUUUUCUGGGUAGUAGCCACCUCUCCUUUUACCACCACCAUCACCCAUUCUCUCACACCAUAAUGUUUUUCAAUUUAAAGGGAAAAAAGCAGCUUCUAAAAGUAUUUCUCCGUUUUCAUUAUUUUUUUUUUCUUUUGAGGAGUCAACCUUUACCUCCUUCCAAUCUAUCUGGCAUCCACCUCUUUCUGUUUCCUUGAUGUUCUCACUACCUCUUUGCAGGAGCCACCUAAGCCCUCCCCCCUAGCCUUUGGGCACCAUUAUUCCUCCAUGUAAAGACAAUUGUCUGUUCCUCUUAAGACCCUGAGCCUUUGGUGAAUUGCCUUCCAGGAUAUUCCAUGUUACAGGUUGGAUAAAUGCAAUUCUGGUGCUGCAAUAUGUUCACAAUAUGCCAAGAAGACCAGGAGAACGCUGGCAAGUCUACUCCUUACCAUCCCACUGUGCCUUUGUAUCAAGCCCAAGCUAUGUCUCCUACCAUUUUUUCACUGCCACUGUUCCUCACUUCCCCACAGAACUUUUGCACCAAGGAAAUUCACAUUUGGUGCAUGGGGGGAAAAUGUGAAUGCAGUAGGUUUGCAUAAUCUGUUCUGGUUCCAAUACUCAUGUUUUAAAGAUCUGGAAAAAUGUUUAAAUUUUUGAAGGAAAGCUUGUGAUAAUUAGUAGAAAACAUAAGGGAAACUUGAUAAGGGCAGAGAGAUGGAGAUCCAUGCACAGCACUGAAGCCUUCAGUAUUUCACCUUCAGAUUUUUGCGCCUUAUCCAGGCAUUGCCUACAUCUUUACAAAUGCAUUAGAUUAAAAAACUUGCUUUAAAAAAACAAAACAGAACUUCUCAGGAUGUAACAUUCUAACCUAAAAUCCAAUUCUGCACUUGCAUAGUGAAGCUGCAGUUAUGGCAACAUACCCACACCCCUUAUACCCUCUAUCUUAGGAAUACUAUUACAUCAAUAGGGAGAGAGAAAUGGGAGCCCAGCUCCUGGGAAAUUAUAUAAUAUCAAGCUGCUAGGAUGUGCGCAUUGCAUUUUACUAGUGCAUAUAAUAACUAGUAAGAGAUUGUAUGGCUUUACACACUACUUACAAAUUUGCAUAUGGAUCCUUGCUAAAAUUGAGACUGUUGCUUUGAUUAAGAACAAGCAAAUUAUGGUUUGACCCAUCAUUUUCCUGGUGGAAAAAGAAAGUAUUAAUAAAGAAAUGAUGGGUUGAAUAGUGUUGGCCCUCAUAAUGGACUCGCAGAAACCCUUAAGAGCUAAACAGAUAGCUUUUUGACCAGCAAACACUGAAAAAGAUGUUUGUAUGCUGGAUUUAAAUUAUUGCCUAUUCUCAGAUAAAGUCUUUCCACAAAGCAAGAUAUGAUAGUUGUCCUAGAUGGCAGAGAGGGAGACAGACACAUAUUUCAAUGGUGUUGGCUUACAAAAAAUUCCCAGUGGAUUAUAUGCCACUUAAGCAAGAGAGGAUGCAAUUUGGAUGCCCUGCCUGUGGCACUUGAGUAUCUUGGGCCAGUCCUGUCUUGGAUAGUAAGGAGGUUAUGAAAAGAUGUCUCAGGUGUGAUUUGAUACCUGUGGAGGGAUGAAGAGAUACAAAACCAACCUAGCUUUGGGCUCUGGCAUGCUAGUGGCAAAUUCAUUAGUAUGAGGCAACUGAGAACCUCAAGAAUCACAUUCACUAGCCCAGCAUCUGUUGCCUUCCAGUGAAGUUUCUUACCAAGGAGGAGUGGUGGAGCUGGGAUUCUGAAGGUUUCUAUAGGUGUGUAAAGAUCACUAAAUGCAGAUUAAGCUCCUUAGCACUCUUUACUAGCCUUCUUGCCCCUCAUAAAUGGCAUUUUCCCAUCCUUUCAAUAUAUAUUUGUAAUAUGAAGAGAAGGAGCUUCAAUCCAUGUUAAUGAUAAUUAUGAGUAAAGAACGCUGAGGUGGUAAAUAGCCAAGACUGAUCAAUAGAUAAAAAGCCAAGUGAUCUCCCCACAGAGGCCAACAUGGAUCAGAGAGGACUCUGGACCACCGGCGUUAGGGAAGUGUGAAACUGUUUUCACAGCUUCUUCUGUCAGUACAAUCCCAUAUAUGUCUACUCACAUUUAAGUCCCACUAAAUUCAGUAGAACUUGCUCCCAAGAUAAGUGUGUAUAGGAUUGCAGGCUGUAUCAGCACUAGGACCCCGUCAUUGCUUAUGAACAUAUGAAGCUUCCUUGUUUAGAGUCAGGCUAUUAGUCUAUCUAACUCAUAUCUCCCCAUUCAACUGGAUGCACCGUAAACCAAAGCCUAGACUAGAAUAAUAAAAUCAUAGAUUAGUAGAGCUGGAAGGGGUCUAAUAAGACCAUUGAGUCCAACCUGCUCAAUGCAGGAAGCUGCGUUAUUUGUAUACCCUUUACUCAAUAUUUAUCUUACCAGCGUCCAUGCGGGUCAUUGUAUUGUCAACAAUGUGUCAAGAAGAGGCAUAAUCCACUGGAAAACAAAUCUUAUUCAAGCCCCAUUUAAAGGUGUUGUGCAGUAUUGUUCAUUACUGUAACUUCAUAUUGGACAAGACUGUUAAUUACAUAAUUCAGUUGGGUGGCAGUAGAGGCCAAGAUUUGGGAGGGGAGAUAAAUUGAGCUGCAUUUAUCUGCCUGUAACAACAUAUCUUCCUCCUCCUGGUCUGUCAUGGUAUAUGGUACUAACUCAUUAACGGUACAUACACUGAUAGUGGUUCUUCGCAUAUCCAGAUUUACUAUUUUUAUUGUUAUUAUAUUGAUUAUUAUUAAUAUUAUUUUGAUUAUCUGUGAGCUGCCUUUUCUCAUAACUUUUGAUUCUUUAUUUUCUGCCCAGAAAAACUCAACUUCGAUACCAAAAACAAAAAAAAUCUGCCUGUAACAACAUAUCUGCAGAAACUAAAAAAAACUUAAAAACUUAAAAACUUAAAAAAUUCAAUUCUUUAAGCUUUAUUAACAUUUUCCAUUGUUUCUUGCGAUUUGUGUCUCGUUCUUUGUAGUAUUAAUGAUAAUGAACAUUUGAUGAUGAAUGUUCUUGUAUAUUCAGAUAAAGGGAAAAAAACCAAAAAAGCAGUCUGAAUUUAAUAGUGUUUAUAAUAAAAAGAUAAAAAGUUACCCUCAUCGCACGCAUCGAAGGACAGGCCAUCCCCAUUCUGUUCUUUCUGUGGUACAAAGCUCUUCAUACCUGUAUAGUUUUCAGCACCAAACUACCUACAUUCAUUCUUCUUUUGUUUCCAUCUCUUAUUUUUUCAUGCAUUUGUGAAUUAGUUCAAGAAUGCUAGAAAAGUGUAGAGUUGUGCACAUUCAUUUCCUGUUACACAAUGUUUUUUUUGAAAAAAGUGAAAGUAAUUCAUUUUGUAAAAUUUAAAAUGGUUGGAAUAGUGAGCAUAAUAGGUACACCUAUUACUUUACAUUUACUAACUCUGAAAGCCAAAAGUUAAUUUUUCUUUUCUGUUUUGCAUUUUUUGAAGGGGAUUUUAUUUUAGGGCCCAAUCCUCUGGAAAGUUCUCCAAUGUAAGCCUCCAUUGAUAUGAAUGGGAGCUGUGUCAGAUAAUCUCCUAUGAAGUUCCAGUUCAUUUCAAUGGAGCUUGACCCUUGUUUCUUUUCUUUUUUUUCCAACUAAGGCCUUGAAAAAAAAUCUGUUCCCUGCUUCCUCACUCCUUAAACCUUUUUACUAUGUUGCAAGUGAUGUGAAAAGCUUCAUUAGCAAAACCAAAAAAACUUCAGACAAUUAUUUCCUGCAUUUAAUAAAAAUAAAUAGUAUUAUUACCCAUCAGAAGGAUUUUUAAGCUGAGGGUUAAAGUCAAGAUCUCCGGAGAGGAGCAUGGAAUUCUGUUACCACAGAAACUGCUUUAACCAAGUUAGCAAAAUGGGUUGGAAUAGUUUUGCCCAAAUCUCUCCAGCUGCUGACCCUGAGCUAAAAUGAUCCAAGCUGCUGAUGUAAGAGGGGAAUUUUAGACUGCUGUGUCCAAGGUUACUGUUUUCACUUGGGAGUACAGCUGCAAGUCACUACUGUGUAGAAAACUGCAGUAUGGGAAAGACAUAUAAGCAUCUGUAAGGGCAGCGGGAGGAAGGUAGAUUGCCUUCUUGCAGGAUGUCACAGCCAUUACUCUGAAAUUCUAAUUUAAAUUCAUCUUUCUCUGCAACUCAUACUUUCCUACCUGCAUUUGACAACUUUGAACAUUCCACAGAUUUAAUAUCCUCCUUUUGCCAUGUUCCAUCUUCUUGGCCACCAUGAGAUGAAAUGAGCCCUUGUUUGUAGUGGUUAGAGUGUUGGACUAUGACCUGGGAGACCAGGGUUUGAAUCCCCACACAGCCAUGAAGCUCACUGGGUAACCUUGGGCUAGUCACAGCCUCUCAGCCUCAGAGGGAGGAAAUGGUAAACCCCCUCUGAAUACCCCUUACCAUGAAAACCCUAUUCAUAGGGUCACCAUAAGUCGGGAUCGACUCAAAGGCAGUACAUUUACAUUUGAAUCCAGGGGCUUAGUUCUGAGAUAUACAAGUACUAAAUAAUAAGAAGAAUAACUACAAUACCUGUAUACGUGCCUUUUCAUCACUGGGAAACCUCAUCUAGGAUUAGAGGGCAAGAUACUCUAGACUGAUUUGGGCCACAGCUACUGCGAUUAACAUCACAUGAAAGUGGAAAACUGGGUCAUGGAUAUUCCUCCUGUUCCUUCUGUCAUGCUUUGCACUGUGCUAGCCAAGUAUUUGGGAGGAUGGCUGUAGUAGGGCAACUUGCUGAAAGGCUAUCCCUGUGCACUGAAAAUUUGAGACAGCAUGUAUUGUUGUGCUGCCCUCCUGUAAACACACAGAUAGCUCUGUGGCGGGGCUAGCAUGUUGGUGCAUGCCCCAUUCUGUUUCAUGUCAUGUUAAACUUGUGUAACUGCAUAUCUGAAUAGGGCUUCUAAGUCAGAGGUUACUGAGAUCUGUGAGCCCCAUUAACUCUUUUUAGGUGGCUGGACUGCCGACAGCACCACAUAACCACCCCAUGCAUUUCCUCUUUGGCGGUUGGUGGUGAUAGGCAAGCAUGUCAACAAUUGCUGUGCUGCCAAAAUUCCUCACUUUGAUCUGUACUCUCAAAACACUGAUUCCAAGGCUCACCACUUACCCAAGUCUGAAAUUCUCAUGGAAUAACAUAAUAUAUUUUAAAAUAUGAUCUAGCUGAGAUGCAGUUUUCAGAUGUAGAAGGAAAUGUACUUACUAUAUUGUCUCAUUUUUUAAAGAACUGAAAUUUCUGUUUCAUCCUACCUUCUUUGUAAGUGCUGAUCUUAAUGACUUGAGGUACUAGUCAAUCUUAAUUCAAAGACAAGCUUUUUUUUCAAGAAGUAAUAACAAAUGUAUAACACAAGUUAAUCUUGUAUAUCUUAAUUGACAUGAGCAUUGUUUAGGAAUCACUGAUAAAGAAAUAAACACUUGGCUGAACAUAGAUGACAGUGGCCAUUAAAAUUAUACAUCAGCAGAUAAAGUUAAAAGUAGAGCUGAGCCAGGAAGGGUGUGUGGCCUUUUGUAUCUCAGCAUAGCCCCUCUUGCUGAGGGCAACCAGAUUGAUGCUCCCUGCUUCGCUACACUGCAUUUAAAUCACUACAGUGCAAAAGGAAAAAAAAGGAAGUAUUAGCAGAAAGUAUACACAAACACACACAAACCCCAUUCAGAGUAAGAGCAAAGCAAUUGGCUAUAAUAGACCUGACUGACACUGUAAUGUAGCCAAGUCUGGCUAAUGUAGUGUCACAAUAUCAUCAGAUUCACAAUGUGUCCCCUGAUGAGCUGAGAUCUAAGGCAAGAGACAAAGUUGGCCCCAUUCUCAUGCUGCAAAACUCAGAAGGGGGAUAUGACAUAUUCCUAAUAAGGUAUUUUGGGAAGAAAUGGUGUUUUGCUGCCAGCUGAGAGUUGUACAGCUGAACAAGUAUAUUUAAGAACAAACUUUUCCCCCUACUUUCCUGAUGUCCCCCAUCUCCAAAAUUUUGUAUUUUCUUCCCACCUUUCUUCUCAGCCCCUGCUUAACCCUAACUCUAGAUUGAGCAAGUUAAAAAAUGCAGGUCCCAAUACUGGUCCUUGAGGUAUUUCACUUUCUACAUCCCUUCCUGUCUAUAUCCCUUCCAGUGGAAAACUACAUUUCUUACUUCAUGUUUCUUAAUCAGUUACUGAUCCACAACAGUAUCUCUCCUCUUAUUCAAACAAAUUGCUUUGGUGAUGUACUUUGGCAAAAGCUUUUUAAAAGACUAAGUACAUAAAGUCAACUGGACCACUGCUAUUUAUAUUAAUACCUCAGUUAAUGAAGUAGAUGGACAUUAUUUCUUUAACAGAAACUUUGGUACCAGAGAUAGGAAUAUCAUGAAAAGAACAGGGAUACAUUCCUAUACCACAAAAAAGAAUAGCUGUUUAAUACAUUUCAGCAAUCUUUUUAUUCAAAACUGACAAUACGCAUGGCUGAAAUUAAACAAGCAGGUAGGUAAGCCUUGCAUACGGACCACCUGAAGACCUGGUACACUUGAGCAGGCAGGCAAGGGGCAGCCACUGUUUACUGCAGAGGUGCCUGCGCCAUCUGGCAAGAACCACCAUUACAGCCAAGCGUGAGAGAGCUGCCUGCAGCAGCCGCAAUUCUAGAGACAAGGAGCCACAUUCUGAUGAUGUCAGAGUGUGCAUCCCCAUACGCCCCCUGCACUCCAAUUGUUAAAAGGAGCUUUCCUGGAGGAUUUGUUAACUGAGGUGAGUGGGACAGGACUACCCUUGCAGAAGCCACACUGGUUCUCCUUCAGCAAGAUUUGUUCUUCUGUAUUGUGUGCUAAUUCUAUCUUUAACAAUGCUUUCCAUCAGGUUUCCUAGAACAGAAGUUAAUCUAACAACCCUGUACUUUUUAGGACCUCUCUUGUAAAAUGCUGGCAUUACAUUGUCCACUUUCCAGUCCUCAGACAUGGAGGGUGAGCUUAGGGAAAAGUGCUCCUCAAAUUCUUUUUUAGCAUCAACCAGUGUGGCAUAGUAGUUAGAAUGUUGGACUACAACCUGGGAGACCAGGGUUCAAAUCCCCACACAGCCAUGAAGCUCACUGGGUGACCUUGGGCCAGUCACUGCCUCUCAGCCUCAGAGGAAGGCAAUGGUAAACCACCUCUGAAUACCACUUACCAUGAAACCCCUGUUCAUAGGGUCGCCAUAAGUCGGAAUCGACUUGAAGGCAGUCCAUUCCAUUUCAUUGUCUGCUUGCAUUUCUUUUGUCAAAGUUUAUGUUCCCUUUUGUCCCCCUCAUCUGGACAAGACAUUUUCUAAAGGAAGCCAUCUGUGGAAUACAGACUAGCUGAGCUUCUAAUACUGUGAUUUUACAUAACCCUGAAGUAUUUUGGAGAGAUUUGACUGACUUGACUUUGCCUUUCUUUUUACCAAUCCCCGGAUUUUUGGGAAGUGUCCUCUUUUGAAGUCAGAUAUGAUUUUGUUGGAUUUUCUUUGCAAUUGUCCAUUUACAUACAUAUUUACACAACAGAUUCUGGGCACCACUUAAGAUUACAUCCAGGGUCACUGCACCUCUGGAUGCGGUGACCAACUGUCACUAUGACCAACUGUUCUAGAGAACAGUCAUUGUAAAGGUAAUUGAAGUCAACUGCUACUACAACAUUUCCUCUUUUAGAUAUCUUCGCACUUUUAUUUUCCAUCUAAGGCAUUUCCAUCCUGAGCAUUUUGGGACAAUAGCACAUCCCCAUAUUACUCUUGGGGCCUCUUAUCACCACCCACAAUGAUUCUAUGGUAGAGUCUACCCCUUUUGGGAUUUAUAGCUUGUUGAAAUUUAUGUCCUCUUUGAGGUACAGAGUGACACUACCUCCCUAUAUAGAGUUUUUAAUCCAGAGAUAGCUAUGUGCUUCAUUCCACCAGGUUCUUGUUCUGUUAUGCCCACUAUAUCUACUGUAUGCUGUCCUCUUAAGAUCAAGAACUCAAGCUCACCCAUCUUGGUUUGGAGGUUUCUAACAUUACACUGGGUUCAGGAUGGCAGCCUAGGGUUUGCUUAAGCAUUGACAAUGGGAAAAACAGGGAUUAUGUGCUUUUAACAAUCAGGAGUACUACACAGCUGACUUCAAAUUGUAAACAUGAGAUUGUCAGGGGGAGAGGAACACCAAUCACUGUUCUCCCUCUCUCAUUUUGUGUUAUGCCACACCCCCAUGGCAGCCAUUUUGUGACUGGUAUGCUUAGCACUCACGCUCAAAUUUCGAAAUGUGCCCACUGGUCCAAAAAUGUUGGCACUCCCUGCCUUAUGCUUACUGGUCACUGCAGGUAGCUUCAGCACCAAGGAGAGCAAAAGCAGGAAGUAUGUCCCUCCACCACUCCCACUUGAGUGCCUUGGUGUACUGUUAUUCAGUGGGGCGUGGGGCCAAUGUCCUUCAGUGGCCCAUGAGAUAAUUAUAUUUUCCAUGGGCCACUGUGCUGUCCAUCCUGGUGCACUGCAUGGCAACACAGCAAAGUAUUGGAGAGGAGGGGAAGAAAUAGGAUUUCUGCUUACCAUCCCCACUUGUGCUGCCACAGCUCAGUGGGGCAAAUAUUUGAAGGGGAUUGGUAAGGAAAGGUUGCUUUCCAAAUGUCAGAUUGUCUUGGAAAAUAAGGUGAAUUGUUUCUAAGUGUUUUGGAAAUAACAUUUCUGAGCCAGUUUAAUACAAUUAAGAGUGAGUUAACCCAUUGUCAAAUGCAAUGACGUAAAGUUGGCAAGACUCUUUAUUCCACACAAAAUGAUUUUGACUUUGUAUAACUAAAAGCAAACAUAGCUAAACAUGCAUCCACUCAUCAUAUAGACACUAGUGCACAAUUUAUAUCUAAAUGGAGACAUCCAUGGAGCAGCAUAGUCUAAAUGUGCUGAUCCAGCAAAUUUGCAGAAUUGGGCUGACAUUUAGAAGACAACUUGUAUACUCCUUUAAACUAUGGUAGCCUAGGCCUCACUUACAAAUUUAAAGCAUCCUUAAAUUGAUGUUACUGUAUAUGUGGAACUCAGCAUAUAUUUUAUCAGUUCAAACUCUCAAUCUGGUAACAGCCUAUAUCCUGCACCUUACAUCGUAAGGUAGUGCCCAAGCCCACUAAACCUCGUUUGGUUUUAAAUGUGGUAUCUGACUGAUGCUGACACAGAAGCCAUCAUUCAUUCUGGGGAUGGGCUCAAGGAAUCUAGGUGAUAGUGCAAUCAUUUCAUGUAUUUUAGGUGGGAUCAGGCAUUACUUUCUCUUGCUGUAAGGAAGAACCCUUGACCUGCUCUUGACAAUGUUACAUUUUAAGCUAGGUAAAUGCAGGGAUCUGCAGACUGAGGUAAUUUUCAAAGAGUUUGUUGCACAAUUCAACACCUCAAAAAUUGAUACUAAAAUAAUGCUCUUUAUUUGUGAACUUUUCACAUCACACUUUGUAUCAGGUCCUUACUUUUCCCAUGUAACUUUGCCUAAAGCUCUUUAAAAAUAUUAUUGUUAUAAAAAUGUAUUACAACAUGCAUUGUUUGUUCCUCACAAGCCGUUUUGUUGCUUGUAAAGACAUGCUGCUUUGUUCUCAGUUGCUUUGUCUUCAUUCUUUUGUUCCCAAUAGCUCCCCAAUAUAAAGGCUAGGAAGUCUUUGUUUUGAUUUACAACAAGCUUUCUGCUACUUUAAAGAUAAAGGCCUAUGUCUUUUUCCACUGAAAUUUUUCUGUUCUAUAAUUAUACUAACAAGGUGUAGGUUUUACAGUCUGAUU